UCCGGUCUAAGGUUCCAGAGGCGGAACUUCCGACGGUCUGGGGCUGUACUUCCGGCAGGUACAGGAAGUUCCUCUGAAAGUAACUCCUGAGGAGUUGAGGCGGUGUGGUGUUUGUUGGUUACCUGGUCCUAGAGCUGUUAUGGGCAAAAGAGACCGAGUGGACCGCGACAAGAAGAAGUCCAAGAAGAGGCAAUAUGAAGAGGAAGAAGACGACGAGGACGACAUGCCUGGGAACGACUCUCAGGAGGCGGUGCCCUCGGCCGCCGGGAAACAGGUGGACGAAUCCGGCACCAAAGUGGAUGAGUAUGGCGCCAAGGACUACAGGCAGCAGAUGCCACUAAAGGGUGACCAUACUUCCAGGCCCCUCUGGGUGGCUCCCGAUGGGCACAUUUUCUUGGAAGCCUUCUCUCCAGUUUACAAGUAUGCCCAAGACUUCCUGGUGGCAAUCGCAGAGCCAGUGUGCCGGCCUACUCAUGUACACGAAUACAAGCUAACUGCCUACUCCCUCUACGCAGCUGUCAGUGUCGGGCUGCAAACCAGCGACAUCACUGAGUACCUCAGGAAGCUCAGUAAGACUGGAGUUCCUGAUGGAAUUAUCCAGUUUAUUAAGCUGUGUACGGUCAGCUAUGGAAAAGUCAAGCUGGUCCUGAAGCACAACAGGUACUUCGUUGAAAGUUCCCACCCUGAUGUCAUCCAGCAUCUUCUUCAAGACCCGGUGAUCCGGGAAUGUCGCUUGAGGAGUGCCGAGGGGGAGGAUACUGAACUCAUCACUGAGACUUUCACGAGCAAGUCUGCUAUUUCUAAGACGGCGGCAGAAGGCGCUGGUGGGCCUUCUACUUCCCAGGUGGUAGAUGCACAGGCCAAAUCUGACAUCCCCAAAGACCUGUUUGAUUUUUAUGAACAAAUGGACAAGGAUGAGGAGGAGGAGGAAGAGACGCAGACAGUAUCCUUUGAAGUUAAGCAGGAAAUGAUCGAGGAGCUCCAGAAGCGCUGCAUCUGCUUAGAGUACCCCCUGCUGGCAGAGUAUGACUUCCGAAACGAUUCUCUCAACCCUGACAUCAACAUCGACCUGAAGCCCACAGCCGUGCUCAGACCCUACCAGGAGAAGAGCCUGCGGAAGAUGUUUGGGAACGGGCGGGCGCGCUCAGGAGUCAUUGUUCUUCCCUGUGGUGCUGGGAAGUCCCUUGUAGGCGUAACUGCUGCAUGCACUGUCAGAAAGCGCUGCCUGGUCCUGGGCAACUCGGCUGUGUCUGUGGAGCAGUGGAAAGCCCAGUUUAAGAUGUGGUCAACCAUCGAUGACAGCCAGAUCUGCCGCUUCACCUCAGAUGCCAAGGACAAGCCCAUCGGCUGCUCCAUUGCUAUUAGCACUUACUCUAUGCUGGGCCACACCACCAAAAGGUCCUGGGAGGCCGAGAGAGUCAUGGAAUGGCUCAAAACCCAGGAGUGGGGCCUCAUGAUCCUUGACGAGGUGCACACCAUUCCAGCGAAGAUGUUCCGGCGGGUGCUGACCAUUGUACAAGCCCACUGUAAGCUGGGCUUGACUGCAACCCUUGUCCGAGAAGACGACAAGAUUGUUGACUUAAAUUUCCUGAUUGGGCCCAAGCUUUAUGAAGCCAACUGGAUGGAGCUGCAGAACAAUGGGUACAUCGCCAAAGUCCAGUGUGCUGAGGUUUGGUGCCCGAUGUCUCCUGAGUUCUACCGAGAGUACGUAGCAAUAAAAACUAAGAAGCGAAUCCUGUUGUACACCAUGAAUCCCAACAAGUUCAGAGCCUGCCAGUUUCUGAUCAAGUUUCAUGAGAGGAGGAAUGACAAGAUUAUUGUCUUUGCUGACAAUGUAUUUGCCCUGAAGGAAUAUGCCAUUCGGCUGAACAAACCUUACAUCUAUGGGCCCACAUCCCAGGGAGAAAGGAUGCAGAUUCUCCAGAACUUCAAGCACAACCCCAAAAUCAACACUAUCUUCAUCUCUAAGGUUGGUGACACAUCGUUUGAUCUGCCAGAAGCAAAUGUCCUCAUUCAGAUCUCUUCCCAUGGUGGCUCCAGACGGCAGGAAGCCCAGAGACUGGGGCGGGUACUCCGAGCCAAAAAAGGGAUGGUUGCAGAGGAAUACAAUGCCUUUUUCUACUCAUUGGUGUCCCAGGACACACAGGAAAUGGCUUAUUCCACCAAGCGGCAGAGAUUUUUGGUAGAUCAAGGUUACAGCUUUAAGGUAAUCACAAAGCUAGCCGGCAUGGAGGAGGAAGAGCUGGCAUUCUCCACCAAAGAGGAGCAGCAGCAGCUCCUGCAAAAGGUCCUGGCAGCCUCUGACCUGGAUGCAGAGGAGGAAGUGGUGGCUGGAGAAUUUGGCUCUAGGUCUGGCCAGGCAUCCCGGCGCUUAGGCACCAUGAGUUCUAUGUCUGGGGCAGAUGAUACUGUGUACAUGGAAUACCACUCGUCCCGAAGCAAAGCCUCCAACAAGCAUGUACACCCACUUUUCAAACGCUUUAGGAAGUGAUGUGCACCCUGCUGCUCAGUUGAAGACUGGCUGCCUGGAUCAGAGUUGAAAAAAGAGGCUUUUUCCAUGUGAGAGUUUCUCCCCAAGACUGUGUGCUUUCCUAGUGUUGAUCUAAGUGCAGGGCCUGUGCUGAAAGCCAGUCAGCGUUGGGGCUCUGACUGCCCUCAUGGGUCACCCAGGGCUAAAAAGGAGAGAAAGACUGCUGUUGUUUUUUAUUUAAACUUGUUGAGAGUGGAUUGUUUCUGUAUAUAAAAAUUAUACCACUUAAAGCACAUUUGUCUUUAUUCUACUGAGUAAAUUAAAAACUGGAAUUUGGAGGGCCUUGGAACUUCAAGAAGAAGUAGACAUGAUUCCAUCCCUUACCCAGAGGCAGUCUCCAAUUGAUAACCACUUGAAAACGAAAAUUUAGUAUUCUCAUGGGAAGUCUCACUGGGAAAACUAAACUCUUGUUAAGGGAGGCAGCACAGCCAGCCGCAGAUGGCCGACAGGAAACAAACUCAACAGCAUCUUUGGAGGCUCCUUGUCUCAUAAUGGUGUGU